GGCUGAUGGAGAAAAUUAAGGAGGGUAUGCCGAAUGAAUGGGUGAGGUUGGUUGAGAGUGAGGCUGGAGUGACUGAAAGAGGUGAGGUGGAGAUGUAUGUGGGAGAGGGAGAGAGGAGAGUGAGUCUGACGAGUGUGAAGACUAGAGUGGUGUAUAAAUGUCUACGAGUGAAAGAGGUGAGGAGGCCGGCUGCGGAGAAGGUAUGGGAGAGGGUGGUGAAUGAUGUGAGGGUGGAACAGAUAUGGAAGAACCUGAGAGUGAAGUGGAACUGUCAUGAAUGUGAGAAUUUUGACUUUCUGUUGCGUCACAACAGGGUGUUCAACAAUUUAAUAAUCAGUAAGUUUGAUGCGACUGUGAGGAAAGAAUGUGAUGUGUGCAGUGUGGGUGUGGAAACAUGUCUGCAUGAGUUUGUUGAAUGUAGUGGGUUGCGGGACUAUUUUGAGAGACUGAAGGAUUUGAUUACCAGGUGCUGGAGUUGGAGGUAUGUUGAGAGGAUGGACUGGAAGGAGUUGUGGCUGCGGAACCUGGCCCACUAUGACAGGAGGGUGGUGGAUGUCUGGGCAAUGUUUAAGUCUGUCAUGAAACGGGACAUCAGUGCCCUGUUUCACUACAUUGAGAGGGAGGAGUUUCACCUGGGGUUUGUUGAGGGGAGCACUUUGGUGGGAUUGGUGGAUGGUAAAUUGCAAUAUGAUUUUGGCUGAAAUGAGAGGUUGAUUUCUGUUGGUGGGUGGGAUUUCUUGUUUUUGUUGUGUUUCUUGGAGUGCUGACUCUGUUUUUGUGUUCUGUGACUUGUUUUGGUUUAUUUGGUUUCUUUGGAUUGUUUGUGCUUUUUUUUUUUCUCGGGUGUACCUUUGGUACUGGGAUGGGGUGACUGAUCGUGUUUGGAUGGUGUCUUGCAUUGUUUGUUUUGGUUUGUUCUGUUCUGUUUAUAGCGUGUUCUAUUGGUUUUGUUUGUUUAUUUGUUUCAUUGUUGUGCUGUGUUUGGCUGGCCUCUCUUCUUAUUUAAUUGCUGUAAAUAUGUCGUGUGUUCGAUCAC